AUGCCGAGUGAGUAUGAGGACAAAUAUCUGCUACUGCGGGACGAGAACACAGCACUCAAGAAGAAGAAAAAUGAGCAGGAAGCUACCAUCAAGUGCAUGUACACCAAGCUGGCGAUGAUCGAGGAGAAGCUCUCUAAGACACGGCAGAGCGAGGGCAAAAAGAAUAACCAAGAUGAUCCUGAGACCGGAGGCAACACUGUGACCGUUGUCCCUGUGCGACGAGAUCUCGACACGGAAAAAUUCAUCGCUGCGUUGAAGAACGAGAACACCACGCUAAGGAAAAAGAAUCAGGUGCUGAUGGAGAAAAACCGGUGGUUGGCAGAGCAGUGUCGACAGUCAAAUGCCGUGAAGCGACUAGGAAAUAAAGCACACCCGUCAACACAAAAGCGACCAGUCGUACGGAAGCCAGCCGCUAACAGGGGAGGCUUCGAUGGGAAUCUCCUUGAAAAACAGACUGAAAGUGCACGGAAACUACACCGUGAUACCUUUUCAGGGGAUCUAGAGGUAGCGCUGAAGAAACGACUUGUAAUUGCGGAGAAGCAACUCAUGAAAUUACAGAAAGAGAACGAGCAGCUACGCGCGAGUAACAGUGGCAAUCGACUUCAGCUGAAACCGAGACGAGAUAACAACGACGGGAUUGGGCUUAGUGAUGAAGGAGAUGAAAAGGAACAAGACGAGAUCGACAAAGAACCCGCGAACUUGGAACUCGACCAGAUGAAGAGGGAGUUGCGGGAUCGCCAAGCGCAACUCGCCAUUCUCAAUGCUAGAUACGAAAACUUAGAGUCAAACGCACUGGCAGAACGUGAUAUUCAGGAGAAGACGCUAGGACAAAUGGAGCACUUGAAUCGCCAAGUACACAAACUCAGAACGCAAUUACAGGACGCUAAUAUGGAAAAGGAAGAGCUGGAAAUUCGAAUUAUGAAAGCUGGCGAGCAUGAAAAGGAAAUUGCAGCUUUGCGGGAGCAGAAUCGCCGCUUGGAAGAACGCAUGACCUCACUUUGUGAAAGUCCGUUUAUCAACGAUGCUUUCCAGCGCAAGGAGCGCAUUGACAAGCUUUUUGCCUUAGAAAAACUAACGCAGGAACAGAAGGCGACGAUUACGGACAUGUCUGAAGAAAACCAGAAGCUCCAAACGGUCAUUCGAGAGCUACAAAGCACUAUUAAACAGUUGAAGCAGGCGAAAGAUCGAAUCGAGCAGGAUCUUGCGCAAAUGGCGCAUCAUUUGAUGGAGGAGAGAAAUGCAAGAAGUCUUGACUCCAUCAAAUCAUCAACCGGAAACGUAACAGGUCCAACACUGCGGCCGGACCCGAUCGUGAUUGUCCGCCCGCGUACACCUGAGCCACAUCGCCAACCUCCAGAGAAACGGGACGCUUGCUCUUCCCCGGUGAACAGAAACGCAUCACCCGGCAAAAAAACUGCAUCUUCGGUGAACGUGGGUGGAGGAGUCGUAAGUCGACAGUACGGAGACCUACCUUCAGCGGCUGGUUUUCUCGAUACAGAAGAGGAAAACAGCGUGAAGCAUUUGCGAAAUCGCGUUCACGUCCUUCAGAUCGCUCACUUGAAGUCAAUGCAGGAGCUGGAACGUUGUGAAAAGAUGCUGCAAGCUCAAACGAAUAUUAAUCGUGAGCUCGCCUUGGAGAUCGAGGAGUUGACCACGUCUAAGAUUUCAAGCUCAAAUCAACUCCAACGUCGAAUGAAAGAGCUUGAACUACUAUGUGAAGAGCGACAGCAACGAAUUAAUGCCCUUCAAGCAGAAGUGAGACAGUUAAAAUACGCUCGAGAAAAAAUGCUGCUGAAGAUGAGGGAGGCUGACGAUGAAAGCUCUGGGGAAUCAAGCGAUGAGGAAGAGAGCGAAGUGGCGUCCUUGUCAGAAUCAUUAGUCUUAGCCGCAAGAGAUCUGGCUCCAGGUGAACAGCUUCUUGAAUUGGGGAUUAUAAGUGGAGACUUCGAUAGUAGUGUGGUAGGGAUUAAUUCCUCCACUUUUGUACUGUGUGAUUUCUACGAUUUCGAAUCGCAGUCCACGCCACUUAUCAUGGGAAGCCGACCGGAGUACAAUUUGUCAGCUACGUUCAAAGUAACGGUGGAUGGCUUUUUCUUACGAUAUUUGGCCUCCGAGUCCGUCGUAUUGGAAGUACAUCAAGCUAUCCGAGGGGACUUUAAGCUGAUUGGCAAAGCAUCAGUCCGUCUUUCGAAGUUGCUGCAGUCAAAGGGGGUUGUGAAAGAAUCCAAACUUUUUGUAAAAUCGAUGUGUAGCGUGGAUGGUGGCUCGACAACUAUCGGAACGUUGAACGUCAUUCUCAGGCUUUCCACCCCAAUCUCGGAAAUUUGGCAAGUUCACCUUCGCUCGUACCCCCAAGAUAUCCAGUUACUGUCGAAGUCAGGGAAACGAAGCGAGCUUCAAGUGCCAUCAGAUGUACUGUGCGAUCAAGACUUCCGUGACGAUCCAAUCACAAACGAGUUGCAGAUUACUGUAUUUGCUUGCAGGAAGUUGCGCUCUUAUGGAAAGCGUUCCGGUGGCUCAAUAUCGCGAAUCCCAUCCUCGUACGCACACUAUCAGUUGCUGGGAUUCCCGGACGUUUUCACCAAUAUCGUGUCUGACUCAGCGAGCCCAGAGUAUGACCUUAGUAGCAGCCGACAAGCAUUCAACUUAGAAGUGGAUGCAUGUCUUCUUCGGUUCUUGUCCCAAUUCCGCUUCUGGAUAACUGUGUUUGACGAUCAAAUCGAGCUCGAUGAUAACAUACAAGAAGACGGAAUGAUUGGGAGGUGUGGAAUCAUGCUAUCAGAUCUUGUAAAUGGCGAAACUAUUCGUGGGUGGUUUCCAUUGAAAGGUCAAAACGAUCAACACGCCGGCGACAUUUCUGUAUUGAUUCAGUGGAAAGACCCGUUCCAAGUACUGCAACUGACUUCUUCUCAACGAGCACGUGGAGUAAAUGGACGUCCGAUUGAUAUGCAUACACUUGAUUUCGAUCAGCAACACGCUUUGUUAUCGAUGUUUUCUGUCGACAUGGAUGGACGCGUUAAUUACCAGCAGUUCCUACAUUACGCUACUCCGUCAGAAGAACUGGAACUGCUUGUUGCGAAAAUGAAAGAGCGGCUCGAAUACGCAGUGGAUUCGGAGCUGAUAAUCUCUGUUAAAGAUGCUUUCACAGCCGAAAUUGAUGCCAGGGAGCGAAAGAGUAUGCUGGUCUCUGUCAACACCAUGACGCAAACUGCAGAAAAGUACGGAAUAUUCCUCUCAGAUGCGGAACGAGAUCUUUUACUGUUUACUUUUGGAGUGGCUACAGAAAGUAGCUCAAGAGUGGGUGGAAGUGCUGCAAAGUCUUCGGGAGACAACCAGAAAUUCAUAGCUAUGAAUUACUUGCUACUCCAUAUAAGUUCUCGCCUUAGCUGUACCGAGCGGCUACUGUGCCACAAAAUCCGACAAACGAUGCACGCGUACGUUCAAGAGCAAAGGAAGCGAAAGGCAACGGACACGAUGCCUGCACCUAAGCUGUUUGAGAAGUUUGAUGAUUCGAAGUGUGGCAGAGUCACCCGGUCAGCGUUCAGAAAAUGUUUGUCUGCGCUGGGAUUCGAUUUGAUGAAUGUUGAGUCGGAGUACCGUGAGCUGGUCAGGCAUCACACGAAGCAAUCCAGCUCAAAUGACCCCCCAACCAAUUCGAUCGACAGCGAUAUAACAACCCCUCAUCAAGUUCACAUUGAUCUGGACGAAGACGUAUCGACACAAAGUCAGCCAGAGUAUACUGCAAUAGCUGUUCCUGCAACAACAGAAUUCCAGCGACGGAAGCAAGCUUUUAUGGAUCGAAUGAAAGCAAUUGCCUCCGCAAGCAGUAAGAACUUGGUGUACGAACAGGUGGAGAAAAGGUUACAGGAUCAACGGGUGCAAGCAAAAGAACAAGGGUUCAAAGUAUUGUCGCAACGGGAGCGCCUCGAGCAGCAACUAAAGCAACUCCACAUUCCGCAAAAUAUCCACCAUGACGCUGCACGGACGCUUCAAAGACAAUAUCGCCAGUAUAAAGAGCAGCGACAACAGCAGCGGGAAGCGAACUAUGCGAAGACUACAAUCAUGGAAGCAGAUCUUCAGCUACAAAGCAUUUUGAGAAAAUGGACGUUUGCCGACCUAAGAGAGCAAGAAGACAGUAUUCUGGAUGAAAUUGAGCGUGACGUUCCUGUAGCAAAGCGAGCCAAGUUGCUUACGAAGAAGCAGCUGGGCUUUUUUCUUUCAAAGACACCACGAAUCGUGCUGCCUCCUGCACUGCUAUGGCAGCUUAUGGACUACUUUUCUGUGAAGGAAACUGGGAUGGUAGCGUAUCGAUCGUUUCUCAACUUCAUUUUCUCGACGUCUACUGAAGAAAGUAAGCGGGAAAAGAAGCAGCGUCUGUCCGUGCUUCGGCGACUUCUCUUUGAUGUUGGAUACGCAUCUCACAUCUUUGUUUCGGCUGGUGACAUGAAAGCAUCGGGAUGUAUAUCUUUUAAGAAGUUUCACCAGUGCCUGUCAAGACUUGGUGUUCAGCUGUCUCCCAAGGAGUUGCAUCUUGUAACCAUUAUGUUUGACGCAAAUGGCUACGAGAUACUCUACCAUGCUCUUCUCCACGCUCUGACACAAUUGCCACACUGUCAGCAAUUAUCUGCAGCCUUGGAACGAUGCCAUCGCUUUGGAAUAUCUGCGCUACGUGAUAAGAUUUUGAUUUUUGUGAACUCUGACGAUGGCCGAAUGACCCAGGAAGAACUGCUGCGUGUUCUAAUGCAACAAACUUCUGAGGGUACACAAUUUGAUUCGACAGACGCUAGCUUGCUCUUCGAGAUGAUCGGAGGGAACAAGGAAGUAACGCAGCGGAUUUCAAUCCAGGAUCUAUGUCUACGACUCGAAGCUGCAACAAAAUACAGUCGAAAGUCGAUGCAUGACGAAUGGAACAAGUACGAUUUGCAUUACCUGCAGCGAUUAGCCUGGAACUGCAGGAAGCUCAUUUGUGGAAGCUACUUUGAUUUGAAGUUCGAGUUUGAAAGAUUUGACUGGCAGGAGAAGGGGUUCGUCUCUUUGGUGGAGUUUAUCACAAUUGCACGUCGACAGGGAUUCUUAUUGCUCACGGAAACCCAAUUGAAAGGCGUAGCGAAGAGCUUCGGUGUGAAAAAUAAAGGCUCGUUCGGUAUCAACUAUCGACAGUUCUUGGACUGGACUACACCACCGCCGCCAAUCGACAUGGAUGUUGUCGAAAAGAAGCUUCGCAAAUGUGCACAUGAGCAAGCUAAUAACCUUCCAAGCAGACAGCUUUCUGAGGUCUUUGCUAGUUGGAACCAAAUCUUCUCGACGGAAAAAGAGUCGACGUCGGAAGGAGUGAUAAGUCGAUCGACAUUCGCGAAUAUCUGCACCACUCGCCUGAGUGUACCACUUGACGAAAACGAGUUGCGCACAUUACUCUACACUUACGACCCUGAACUGAAAGACCAAAUGGACUACGGUGCUUUUCUCAAAAUGAACUGGCGAGAGGCAACCAUCACAUACCAGAAACGAACUCAGCGUGAGUUAGUAGUACCUGCAGCAGAACCAAAGACUCCACGAGCGCCUAUCGCCACUCUUUUGGACUUUCUAGACUCGUGUGACGAGCGUGGAGUUGAUUUACGUGGAGAACUUGAAGCUCGCGACGGCAUGUACACAGGCUUCAUAACAGCAAUGGAACUAAAAGAUAUCCUACUACGUCUAGGGAUCGCGAAAUCUGCCUCAUCUUCAUCUGCAGAGGCAGUGAUAGGACAACUAGUUCGUCAGUUCCGAAGCCCCGAACGAAACGAUGCAGUACGCUAUACGGAGAUGCUGUUCGAGGCGACCAAACCUGUGUGGCCAGGUGCUGAAUCACGCUAUGAUAUAAAUACUGAGCACUUGCGAUCACGCAUUCGUCUAAAGGCCAACUUUGCGGGUCAAAUCGACCAUUCCGAUAAAACGAUUUAUGCCAGAUUGGAUGCUGCUUUUAAUCAUUUCGACCGAGACCAGAAGGGAUUCUUGACAGCGGAUAGCAUUUGCAAUGGACUGCGAGCGUUAAACUACGAUCUUGCUCCAGCCCAACUCGGCAUCUUGAUGCUCAACAUGUGCGUCUUCCACCACGAGGGAGGUGGGCUUUCACGAACUGAGUUCGACUCGUUCGUGCUAGAUCCCUAUGCUGCCUGUCUAUUGAAGAAAGUAUCCGAUAGACUUUACUCCGAGGUGCAGUCUCAAAGCCAAACCUCAAUGCCACGAGUUGCGUAUUUGAGCCGGCUCUUAAUGGAAUGUGGUGGAAGUAGUCACCAAAGCAGUCUACCAGCGGAAACUUUUUGGACUCAACUGGAGCGAGCGCUGGAGCGACAAACAGUAAAAUUGCCUACAAGCUCUUCCUUAAGGUAA